AAAAUAACCGUUAUUUAAUUCCUAAAAAAUUAUUGUAUUGUUGACAAGAACCUAAAGUCAUGAUCACCUUUCUAUUGGCAUGCCGUUUGUUUCAAUUUCUCAAUUUUCUUUUUGUAUUAUUUUGUCUUUUAAACUGAAAUAUCAAUUUAAUGUUGAAAAUUACAUGGCAUUUAAAUCAUUUUCAAUUAUUUUGUAUUACAUGGGAUGGGCGCUUGAACCAUUUUGCUGUCCAGUUAUUUGUUCACUUCAAGCAUUUGACUCAUUUUGCUGUCAAGUUAUUUGUUCAUUUCAAGCAUUUAACUCAUUUUGCCUUUCCCUGGAAAAGUGUCAUUUUGAUGUAAGCGCCAUAAAAUUACUGAAAUAUUGCUAAAUAGUAACAGAAAUAAUGGUUUUACGUACUUUUUAACCUUAUAAAUAUACUGUAUUAAUUUUAUCAAAAUCGGUCAAGCCAUUUUUUAACAGCGAAUUUUUUUCCAAAAAUUAAAACUUUAAACCGGUUUUUCUCAGCUUUCACAAAAUGGCGCUUACCACAAUUAGCCUUUCAACCGUCGAUAUUAAUAUCUGUGGAUUGGAUAGCAAAGAAAGAAAGAUGGCCGGUGGCUGCUUUGCUGAUAAUCAAAUCAGUAAAAUCUAAAUAAAGUGCUUUAAACUUUGUUAGAUUAAUUAAUUUUAUUCAUAAUUCUUAUUAUAUUUAAACCUUGUACGUGAAAGUGUAUAAUCGAAAUCCUGGUGGAUGUAUUGAGAUGUUCAGUGCAAUCAGAUUACUCUGUUGUGUUUGGCAUUGCAAUAUUUGUGAUUGUUUUGUUAUAUUUUAAAAUACAUGUAACUAUUCUAUGUUAUCUUAGAUAACUGUUAUUGAAAGCUGCAUAAUUCAUGUGACUCCCAAAAUGCCUCAAACGUCGAUAUGUCGUUUGUGUCUUUGCACAGACGUUCGCAUGUUUACUAUAGCCGGUACCCCCUUGCAAGCAGUGUAUGAGAAAAUUACGGAUUCUGAGUUGCUGGACAAUAUGAAGCCGGUCGCCGCCUGUUACAUCUGCCACGCUCACCUUCGGAGGUGCCGUUCUUUCAUGGAGAAGUCAGUCAGGGCGGACGAGGUUCUAACCGGAUUUCUGAUGAACAAUAAGCUCACAGUAAAAACAGUGGCCCGAAUUGACCGUAAGUCUCACAAUCUGGUUCACUCGCUGUCCAUCAAGAAGAUGUCUUCCGAAGACCACCUGGAGGUGGAAGAGAGUAAGGUGAAGACCGAAGUGGAAUUCGAAUUUGCCGGUGCCGAAGACGUGAACGAUAUGAGCUACGAAGAUCAUAGUGAUUUUCCUGCGUUCAACGAUACCGAGGUUCAAUUAGACGAGAAAGCGUUUGUACUGCGGCCGGAGAAUGAAUAUUUGGAAAACGUUGAAUAUUUAAAAGAGGAGAAACAACUUAUAGCGUCGGACGCGGACGAAAAUCGCAACGCGGAUUCGGACGACGAGCGACCGUUGAACACUUUGAAGAGUAAUUUGAAAUGUCGGUCGGACGACUCCGAUCGCACGACUACCAAACGUACGGUAGCGUCAGUGAAAAAAACGCUCAAAAAGGCGACGGUGAAAAAAUCUCAACAAAAGGAGAAGAAACAUGGCGUACUUCCGAUCGAAGGGGCAAAACGAAUUAAAAUAAACAACCGUAGCGGCUACAAAUGUCGGGUUUGUCGCAAAACAUAUGUAAACAAGGGUCACAUGCGCGAACAUCUUAACAGUCACACAGGUGAAAAACCUUUUAAGUGCACGCAAUGCUCGGCAUGUUUUGGCCGCGUAUAUCAUUUGAGGAGGCAUAUCAAGACACAUGUGAGACCACUUAAAUGUAAUCAAUGCGCCCGUAGAUUCACACGCAUUGAUAAAUUGAAAUUGCAUCUUAAAACACACGAUGGAGUUUCUGAUGAAAUUGUAAAGAUAGAUUCUGAUUAUAAAAGUGUAUGUGAUGAACUGAAACCGUACGUUUGCCAAGAAUGCGACGCUGCGUUCAAACGAUUCAAAGAACUAGAUAAUCAUAUAAAAACACACACGGGCGAAUUGUUUUUCGAAUGUGACCAUUGUCAGCGCACGUUUGAUCGAAAAUGUAAUUUGAUUUAUCAUAUUAAGAGGCAUAUCGAGAAUGCGAAACAUAAAUGUGAAAUUUGUAGAGUUAAAUUUUCUAAAAAAGCCUUGUUGGAUGAACAUUUGAAAAUGCACGCUGCUGAAAUAAUUUCAGAUAGAGACGGUGUCAGCAAAAUUGAUUUGGACGACAAUUUUGAUAAGCCUUACCAAUGCAACAAGUGCGGUGCAAGGUUCUCGACUAAUUAUCGUUUGAAAAGGCAUUUGUUGCUACACAGAGACGAUGCGACGCACGAGUGCAUCUAUUGUCAUUGUAAAUUUACUAAUAUAGUUAGUCUUAGAACACAUCUGAGAAAACACACUGGCGAAGUUGUCGAUAGAUGUAAAAUUUGUGGGCGCGCUUUUGCCGAGAAAGAAAAGUUGGAGGCUCACAUGAAAAAACACGUUGAUGGCAAAAUAAAAAUGGAAUCAAAACCCUUCCUUUGCUAUCAUUGCGGGGUUCGAUUCACGAGGCGUUAUCAUUUAAACAGACAUAUACAAACGCAUACCAAGAAAAUCGUUUACAAAUGUGAACACUGUCCAUCAAAAUUUAUUGAUAAAAGAAUUUUGUCUAUGCACAUUAGGAAAGAACACGCUUCAGAAAUAGAAUACGCGUGCGAAAUUUGUCAGCAAAGAUUUAAGAAAAAGUAUGGUUUGAACAGGCAUUUGGCGACGCAUGAGAAAAAUAAAGAACGUAAAAUCAAAGCGGUUGAAAAUGCGUCGGAUGUUUGUAAUGUGUGUGGAAUUGAAGUCAAACGUUGCCAUUACAAGCAACAUAUGAUAAGACACACAGGAGAGAAACCUUACGAAUGUAAUCUCUGUGGCAAGAGGUUCACUCAGAGUGGUUCUUUGAAAGCACACCUGCGCAGGCACACUGGCAUUAAACGAUUUCAAUGCGACGUGUGCCAACAUGGAUUUUAUGAAAAAAAUAAUCUGAUCACACACAUGACUAAGCAUUCUGAUGAGAAACCACACGAAUGUGAUGUCUGCAAUCGAAAAUUUAAGCGGAAAGAUGUUAUGAUUAUGCAUAGGAAAAUACAUUCGAAUGAGAAACCUCAUCAGUGCAAUGUUUGUAUGCGAAAGUUUGCGCUGAGGAAAACUAUGAUGAAACAUUUGAACACGCACAAGGUUGACAAACUGGUGGGAGUAUAAUGAACAUAUUAUUCAUUGAGCACUCCAAACAGAUUACAAACAAAAAUAAUAAAUAAACUAAAUGAUCUGUUAAAUUUAUAAUCCUAAAACAGGCGUGCCUAUGUGCAAAUAUGUUUAUAAAAGACUUAAAACUUGGUCUUAUUGUCAGCGAUAAGUUUAAAAACGACCGCGUGUUAUUACUAGCGGUUUGACAGAUUUUGGAAAGCGACAAAAAGGCUUGAUGUUAGGCCUGGCCUGCCCGCGAGUGUGGAGGGGGAAAGCGAGCCUAUUAGUAUUGCCAAUAUGUUUCGAAAUCAUUUUAGGGUUAGCUCACAGUUGGGGCCUUCGGCUCCCUCUUAUGUUGAGCUUAGCGGACAGACUCCACUGAUAUGUGUUUCGGCAAAACAGAUUAAAAUGGCGAUAAAUGGUAUGAGUGGUGGAAAAUCUCCUGGCCAUGAUGGCAUCAGUGUGGAGCAUUUGAAACAUGCCGGUGCUCACUUGCCCAGGGUGCUCGCUCUCUUCUUUACAAUGUGUAUUAGCCACUCUUAUCUUCCACAUGAAAUGUUGAAAACGGUUGUGAUACCCAUUGUGAAGAAUAGGGCGGGUGACGUUUCGGUAAAGGGGAACUACCGCCCCAUUUCGCUAGCAACAACCAUUGCUAAGGUGUUUGACAGUGUGCUAAACUCGAUUUUACAGAAGUUUGCUGAUAUUCACGAUGCACAGUUUGGAUUUCGUACCAAGCUGUCUACGGAAAGCGCAAUUGUGAGUUUAAAGCACACUGUCAAAUACUACACAAGUCGCAGGACGCAGGUGUAUGGCUGUUUCCUUGACCUCUCGACGGCUUUUGACCUUGUGUCAUACAACAAGCUCUGGAGUAAGCUGAGUGAGGGGGGUAUGCCGGCGGAAAUCAUAAAUAUAUUUAAAUUUUGGUACGCCAAUCAAUCUAAUGUUGUGAAGUGGGCGGGUGCAUUUUCAGAGCCAUAUGUGUUGGAGAGCGGGGUGAGACAGGGUGGUUUAACGUCUCCCACGCUCUUUAACAUAUACAUCAACGAUCUCAUCGUUGAGCUGAGCAGCAUGCGUGUCGGAUGUCGGUUGGAUGGCGUUAAUCUAAAUAAUAUUAGUUACGCCGAUGACAUGGUGCUGCUUAGUCCGACGGUGGGGGGGAUAAACACCCUGCUUGAAGUGUGUCAGACCUAUGCCGCCAAUCAUGGGCUGAUUUAUAAUGUCAGGAAAACCGAGUAUAUGGUCUUUGAGGCCCCCGGUAACCGCCCCAAUGUCACAUUGAGUAUCACUCUCGGUGGAGUUGAAAUAAAACGCGUGACAAAAUUCAAAUACCUGGGACACAUUGUUACUGAGGACCUUAAAGAUGAUGAGGACAUUGAUAGAGAACGCAGGGCGCUAGCGGUGAGGGGGAAUAUGCUGAUCCGCAGAUUCUCUCGUUGUACUGAAGAUGUCAAGAUCACGCUGUUCAAAUCAUACUGUCAGAAUAUGUACACGGGAAGUCUGUGGGUGGGCUGUACCCAAAAGGCGAUGGACGCACUGCGUGUUCUAUACAAUAACGUUUUCAGGAUGAUGCUGGGAUUGCCUCGUUUCUGUAGCGCCUCAGGUAUGUUCGCGGAAUACCAAGUCGAUAGCUUUGCGGCUAUUAUGCGCAAGAAGACCUCGUCGCUAAUUUUUAGAAUACGGGACAGUCCCAAUAGCAUUUUGAAGACGUUGGCAGACAGGUUCUCCUCUCCGUUGUGGGCUGUUUUUGUGAGGAGGGUGAUCUGUGAAAGAAAUGAGCCGAUCUGAUCACUCUCCAUUUUAUUUUAUUUUAUUUUAUAUUUUAUUUUAUUUUAUUUUAUUUUAUUUUUUAUGUUUUAGUAUUUCUUAUCGUGCCAUGUUACUAACAAAUCUAGACUAAGUUUACUAACAUUGAUAUGGAUCCGUGGCUAUCUGAAAUAAACAAUUUUUAUUUUA